GUUAACUAGCAACAAAGGGGUAAAUCUAUAAAUUUGGUAGUUAGUAUUAUUAAAUUUCUAAAAUGUGGCUCAAAAAACAAUGUAAUCAAUUGCUUAAAUAUCCUCAAUUUUGCACAAGAAUUUCGUUUAGAAAACAAUCAACGCAAUACAAUGCAGACACAAUACCCCAUAUUCCAGAACCUGAAUAUGAUAUUAAUUUCUUGUGUAAUCCAUCUAAUCGAGACACAAUUUUUAAUAAUAUAAAAGCAAGAAAAGCUGUUGGAGAUAUCGAUAAAGUCCUUGAGCUUUCAGGGAAGCCAGAAUUUAAAAAGUCUUUCUUGUAUGAGUUAAACAAAAUACCAAAUCAAACAGAUCCAAGGGUAUUAACUUAUGGCGAACAACCACGAAUUUUAAAACAAUGUGGACAUGAGCCAGAAUUUGAUUUUAAGCCACAACAGUUCUCAACAUUAGCUACAAAUUUAAAUACAUUUAAAAGUCAAUCAUUGGGACCUUUAAUUGGAACACGAGGUUACUUGUUCUUAGGAGAUCUAGCACAAUUAGAAGAAGCAUUAAUUCAUUUUACAGUCAAAAAGUUAAUGAAACACGGGUUUAAACUUGUUUCUGUACCUGAUAUUAUUCCUACUGAAGUUAUUGAGAGAUGUGGGUUAAUAACAGAUAAUGGAAGACACCUUGUAUAUAAUUUAAGUCCUUUUUAUGAAGGAGAUUAUAGUUUAUCUGGAACGGCAGAAAUGUCCUUAGCUUAUAAAGUAAUGAAUAGUCUAUUUGAUUCAGCAGAUUUACCAUUGAAAAUGGCUGCUGUAAGUAGGUGUUUUAGGGCAGAAGUAUCUAAUCUCUUGCAUGAGAAAAAUUUAUAUAGGGUUCAUCAAUUUACGAAAGUUGAAAUGUUUGUAUGUUCAAAACAUGUAGAAUCUGAAGAACAAUUUCAAGAACUUUUGAGCAUUCAAGAAGAUUUAUUUUCUUCUUUGAAUUUAUAUCUUCGAAUAAUUGAUAUGCCUCCUCACGAUUUAGGAUCCCCAGCAUAUAGGAAAAUAGAUAUAGAAGGAUGGAUGCCUGGAAGAAAAUUAUAUGGAGAAUUAUCUAGCUGUAGUAAUUGUACAGAUUAUCAGUCACGACGGCUUGGCAUAAAAUAUAAAACAAAAAAUGGAGAAACUUUACAUGUUCAUACCUUAAAUGGAACUGCAUGUGCCAUACCUCGUAUGUUAAUUGCACUUUGUGAAACAUAUCAAACAAAACAUAAUCGUAUUCGAGUCCCUGAAAUUUUAGUACCUUAUAUGGCAGGAAAGACACUUAUUAAAAAACAACCAAUUGCCAAUAUGAAACUUUUUAAGUACAAACCACAAAUCUAAUACAAUGAAUAUUUAACAUUCUUUAGUGGAAUUUAAAAACAAAAGAAAUCAAAUAGGAUUUAUAAAAAAUUCGAAUAUUAAACACCACCUGACAAUAUAUUUUCUAAAAACUAGUACAAUAUCAUACAAAGAAUGUGGGUUUGAAAAUUAUACAUACACAGGGAUAAAGAUCUUUUCUUCAUUAACUUGUUAUUCUGUAUAUAUUUUAUAGCGGUGUUAUAAAAAU